UAAAUAUAAAGAAGAAGAAGAAGAAGAAGAAGAAGAAGAAGAAGAUGCCAGUACCAGCACAUGAUGAGUUUCCAACAACAAGAAACAGCACAAACAAAUGGGGUCCAUACUCCGGCGCCGGAGACUUCAGCACAAGCAUGGUCAUAGUCCUUGCCAUCCUCCUCUGCACUCUACUCUUCGCCCUCAUCAUUGUCGCCUUCUUCCGCAUCAUUCUCUCCAACCGUCGUAACCGUCUCAUCAUUUCCGACGAUGUCCACCACAACACCACCACCAACAAUAACAACAACAACAAUAAAGAAGUAAUAAUAUCAGAUAUUGUAGUACAAGAUGAUGCAAUUCCGACACUUAGAUUUUCCGCCGGAACAAAACUGGCUGGAGUUGGGGCGGAGUGUGCUAUUUGUUUGAAUGAGUUUGCUGAGGGAGAUGGAGUCAGAGUUUUGCCUGCAUGCAACCAUGGAUUUCACGUUAAGUGCAUUGAAGGAUGGUUUGUUUCUCAUUCUUCUUGUCCUACUUGUCGCCGGAGCUGCCGUGCUGCUCCGGUUGAUCUGACGGCUGAGAAUGGUUUGAUGGAAAUGGUUUAGAUGUGAUGUUG